AUGGCGGGUAUGAGUAACUUAUCUAUCUAUCUAUCGCGGCUCGGCCUGGUGAAGGCCUGCUGCGUGAGCGCGCCACUGCUGAUGGGCAGCCCUGGCAUGGGCAGCCUAAUGGCGACGGCGCAGCACAUCCUGGUGCCUCUUGGCUUGCCGCAACUGGCGGCGGGCCAGGCAGUGGCAGCAGCAACAGCGGCGGCAUGCAGCCAUGUUCGGCACGGAGCCAUCACUGGUGCUGCCGCUGCCGCAGCAGCAGCAGGGCGGCACCAGCAGCAGCAGCAGCAGCAGCAGCAGCAGCAGCAGCAGCAGCAGCAGCAGCAGCAAGCGUGCGGCCGAGGCGGCACGCGUCGAGGCAUCAGCGCCGCGCAAGCUUAA